UCCUGCCUAAGUUGUGGCACUUUAAUAACUGUCCAUUUCAACUACACAGUGUCACUUUAACAAAUACGCAUUCUGCACAUUCCAGCCUUGACCAGGAUCAAUUCGUCUUCUCUGCUUCUCAGCUGAUGCUGUAUCUGUUUCUCAACUGCUUCAUAUGAAAAAAUAGCUUUGAUUUCUAAGAGAAAGUUUAUCUCUAGAACAGCUUAGAUCAAGCUGAGUAUAAUGUUUUGUGGAGCUAGAUAUUGUACUAUAAAUAGUCUUAACUUUCUGAUUCAUUUUGUAUAACGUAACACAUGUAUCUUGUGGUGUGCAUAUCUUGUUUCUUACCUUAGCCUUUAAAAGACCAUGUAAAAAUUUCACCUCUAGUUGUUGUAUUUACGAAGUUGUAUUUACUAUACUUCAGGAUUAUCACCAAGAUGUCUUAGUUUAGAAUAGAGGAUAAAGGUAUGCAUUUUCCCAACUUUAUGACUUUUGUAGUAUUAGCAACAAAAGCAAGGAGUCAGACCCCCAACUAGUAAUAUAUAUUUCUUAAAUAUUUGUCAUUCUUUUUUUGUUGUUGUUGAACUUUGACUCGUCUAUCUCAUGUUUUUGAAAAUAUACAUAGCUCAUUAUCUGGGAAGAAACCAAAUACUGUGAUUGCUGCAUUUGACACCCCUUUGCAUAUGGGUGAUUUCAUUACUUUGGUGGUGGUUGUUUAGCCUUCUCAUUUUGUACACCAGAACGAUGAUACUGUUUUUGUGGCUGCUUAGGUUGAGGCUUUCUUCUAUCUUCAGCAAAGUUGAAACUGAGUCAGAAAAGGCAGACAUGAGCACUGGAAGAGAUAUGUAGAAAAGGAACACCCUGUGGCAGAGGAGAACCUAGAGAAAUACUUAAAGAAGAUAGAGUGGUAGAAUCAGAAGCAUCAGUAUAUCCUUCUAACAAGAUCCAACUGGCCUGCCUCGUGUGAAGCUCGAAAUGAAGGAAAAUAGGCCAGAAAGAAAUGAGGCUCACAAGGUGGAGACAAGGAGAGGUGCUUGGGAAAUGACUGAGUACAGCGGCUGAUAAAGAUUCCUCUUUUUUGUGAUGUCAGCUGACAGCCACCAGCUCCACACUCAUUCCCACAAGGACACACUGAGUCCUACUUGUCAUGGUCUCUUGAAUGUCAACAGUCACCCCCUGUCGAAGAGCUCCUCGAGUCUGAUCUGUGCUGGGCAGUCAAGUUUAGAGGAAAGGCAAAGCAGCAAACAGGAGCUUAGGAAAAGCCAUAGUAGCACUGUCUGCCAAACCCUGGGAAACGAGAGUGAUGCCAGGAGUGUGCCAAGCCCAAGAUGGUCCUUCUCACAGUCUGGGUUGAUGGUACCAGAUGGAUCAGUAGUCCAAACCAUGAGCAAUCUGUCACCUGAUAACAAUUCACAGAGCAGAACUAAGACUGCAAACCAUUUUGUUAUCGUUGAACAGCCCCCAGCAUCUUGGGAAGUGGGUGACACUAAGAUGUGUGUGAAGAGCAGCACUGUUGAGAAUAUUUCUUCAGCCUGCAUUGUACACCAGCAUAGCACAUGCCAAAUGGAAGAACCAGGAGCUGCUCUUCAGAGAAGCCACUCAGACCUAACUUGCAGCUGCAAACAGCAAAAUUAUGUUGCUCAUGUAGAAACCAGUGCUACUCACUCCAGCCUAAGUUCUUCUAGCAGCAGGCAUGGUCCAUCAGCAGCCAGGAUGUCUUUCCAGUCAGAGGGAGAUGCGUCAGAAACAAAUGAAAAUACAUCUCCCUAUCAAAACCUUGGGACUCAUCUUCCAGCAAUACCUACAGACCAAAAAGUACCCACAAAUAGCUUUGACAGCAGUGGUAUUCCACGUAACACUACUGUUUACACAGAUCCUGGAACAUUUCACAGCGCUGUUCUUGGACCCCACAUGCCUGGCAAUGGUUUCUCAAACAGAACGAUGUUCAGUCAAGCCACUGGAAUUAUUCAUGGUGGUCUGACUUACGGUAAUAUUCCAAACUCUGCAUACUCACCUAUGGUGAUGCCAGUUCAUAACAACUCUGCAGUGCCCUGUAAUGUAAGGCAGGACUCCUGUCUGAAAGUAGAUGCUACCGUCCCUGCCUAUUGCCAUUCUUUGCCCAUACCAUCCAUACAGCUUGUUCCGCGGUUGGUAUGCUCGGUUAGCGAGUCAGGAAAAGAGGCAGCACCUGGCUAUUUUCAUUCCUUUUCUACUUCAGACAUUCUGACAUACCCUAAGCUUGUGUCUUCAGUAAGUGAAUCAGGCCUGGAUGCCAAGAGAGUCCUGAAGUGCUGUACCAUUCCUGGAGAACAACUGCAGCAUGCUCAGCACUGCACUCAGCAGGAGAGAGCUCCUCCUGAAGCACAGGCUGCCUGUGUGGCCUUUAGCAACCAGCAAGGUACAGACAUGGUAAUGAAGACCAAGGAUAUGUGGACUAUGACCUCUGUAAAUGACUUAACCAAAGGACUGAAAGCAGCUCUUGAGCGUAGAGAUGCUGAGGUACAAACUCUUCCCACCAUGGAAUGCAAAUCUGUGGCAACAAGCCCAGCAGCUGCAGCAGAAGGCCACCCACAUGUGUUCCCAGAGGUGAACCUGGAGCAGCAAGACUUGGAGGCCCCCAAAUCUCCAGUACGUGAAGUGAGAUGGGAUGAUGAAGGAAUGACGUGGGAAGUGUAUGGGGCAUCUGUGGAUCCAGAGGUCCUUGGUCUAGCCAUUCAAAAACAUCUUGAGAUUCAAAUAGAACAAUUCCAGACAGAGCCCCUUCAGCUGGCUGGGAAAAGAAAGGAGGAUUCUUUCAAUAAGGAGCCAUCUUCUGAUAAAACUGGGAAAAAAAGACCAUUCAGAACAAUGAUGCAUUCCCUGAGAUACCCAAGCUGUUGCAGUCGUUCCAGUACUGCAGUGGAGUGAGCAUAGCUGUAGGACAGCCGUGCUUUUUUUUUUGUAAAUUGUAAAUAAUGCUGGCUCUUAAUUGUUAACACAAGUACAUGUGGACAAUCCACUUUGGUAUAAGUGGGAAAAGUUCAGUGGCCAUCAGAUACACAGCAAAGCAAGGAAAAACUCCUGGUUGGGCAAUACAACAGAGGACAUAAGGUUGUGUCUCCGUCAUGUCAUCUGACUGCUUUGACUCUAUUUAAUGUAGCCCUUACUCUUCUAUGUUGGUUUUACAUAAUGUUGUAAGGAAUAAGACCUUUUCUAAAUGAUGCAUCUUUUUAAAAUAAUGUUGAUUUUUUUCUGUAUUUUAAUAAUUUAGGGUUAGGAAACAGUUAGAAAAUGAUGCUUUAAUAAAAAUUCUUAGCUUUCCAUCCUGCUUGCUAAGUUUUGGUAGCUACUCUGCUGUUAAUUUAUGCUAAUGCUGACUAUAAACCCACUUGAGCUGUAGACAAAAUGAGAAAGUAGUGAAUGCUGUAUUGUAAAUAACUGUAAUUUUUGCUACACAAUUCUGUGAUGUGACUUCGUUAUUACUAGCCUGAACUCGUCCCUUUGCAAACUGAUGUAUAGUUGGAGGACGCUCCUGCGACUUUCAAAAUAGUUUGUAGUUACGAUGAAUUACCCCCUCAAUACACAGAACUGAUGUUUACCAACUGAUGCAAAUGUAAAGUGUUACCAAAGAUGACUCGUGUAAUGUGAAUUACUUAUUGAAUGCUUAUCUCUUGAAGACAUGAAACAAAAGCUGUUCAUAAUAGUCUGUCACACUAUUGUACCCUACAACUCAAAAGCAAUUUUGUUUUUCUUAUAUUAAAAGUGAUUUCCAGAGA